AUGGCUCGGACGGGUCUUCGCCUUGGCGCUCCACUCCGCACCCCUGGUCCACACACCAAGACCAGGAUUUUGACCACAAACAAUGGGGUGGAGGCAGUGGUCCAGUUGUGCGACGAAUGCCGACAACAGGGUCCGCCAGCGCACCCCGCAAAUGUUGGCAUUUGUUAGUACGCAAAGAUAACGCCUGCCAGAGUCCGAUGUGGCCCCCGUGUUGGUCCAGCGCAUCUAACACGUGGACCGUUUUGAGUGGGGGCAAGGUAAAGACAGAACAAAUAACACUUGAGACGUGGUGUUCAAAUGCCAACUCCACCAAUAGGCAUCUUGACCUCCUCGUAGCUUAUAAAGUCCUGCGUCAACGUGUACAUGAAGACCGGAAUGAGACGGCCACACAGAAUAUAAUGAAGUCGAGUAGACACGGUCCGACGACGAACUCACCCGACGGGGGAGAAAAAAAGCCGUCAGACUGAGGAACCCUCGUAGAGGUUCAAUCAGCCUCCAUGGCGAUGUUAACUCAUAAGUGUUCGGUUGUCAGGCCCCUCUCCCAAAUACAUGCCAAAAGGUCCGAGAGAGCAUAAGCGAAAUCAGUCAGCCUAACGUCGACUAGCUCGGUAAGCUAUUCGCAUUUCUGUUUGAUUUUGCGCAUUGAAUGCUUCGACAAAGGUAAGUCGACCAAACUCUCCAAGACGUCAGCAGUUCCAUCCACUUUCCCAAGUUUCACCGCGGAUCUCUCAAAAUUGCCAAAGGUGAUCUGCCAGAUUCCGGUUCGCUGGUCAUCAUAAAGUAUCGGCAAAAGCCUGGAAAGCAAACUGUGCUCAUGAGGGAGGGGAGAGUGGGUGAAAGAGCCACUAGUCUUCUUCUGGUCUCGGCUGACUUAGUUCGACAAAAGUUUCACUGAACACACUGCUCUCACAAGUACCCCCUUGUUAAGGGGGCAGAGAAUAAUGGUUCUUAACAGGCAUUAGAUUUGUUUCGAGCCAGGCGCACCCAGCGGCCAGCCGAUUCUUCAGCUCCUUCUGCCUCGUGUUGCUAUCCCCCCCCCCAUAGCUCUCGACACUCCCGGUGUUAAACAAACACCUCUCACCUUUUUUCGCCCCCCCCCCUCCCCUCUUCAGUCGAGCAAGCAAUUAGUUCACACUGCACCAGAGACCUACAAUGUGUCUUCCGCGCUGCUCUCACGAGGUCUGCGCUAAAUAAACAACCAUUUGACUUGAAAGAACGCGGGAGAAUCAAGAUGGGGCCCUGCAGGGUAUCGCACGGGUCAUGAGAAUCAGGCUACGACGACUGCACGCGCAAGUGUUGGCCAAACCACAUACACUUGUCGGUCCGUGUGUAACUCUCCACUGGCCCCUCGAAGACCGGUUAAAAGAGGAGGCGGAACAGUAUGGCGGAGAUUGCAACACGCCGUCCUCCACCCCCUAGGGGGCUCCUCGAACUGGCCCACACUGGCGAUGCCAACAAGUUCGACUACCACGUCAAAAAGGACUGCUGAAGUUGCUGUGAAAAAGGUCUGUACAGAACAGACAGACGUGAGGUCGCAUUCUGGGAAAGACGGGAGGAAUGUUAUAGUGAAGUCCUAAAACGUGCCCACACAAAGUUAGAGUGCACUGAUCUUGCACAGGAGGCGAGCUAGUUCCCAUGAACACCAAUGUUCAUUGCGUUAUAUAAACACGAACCAGAAAGUAGGGUUAGACUGAGGAGGAGGAGUUGUACUGAAGGAGGAGAAGAGGCAGACAAAGAGGAAAAAAUAAGACCUAUCUGUUGCUGGCAGUUGUUAAGGCAGUGAUGAUGAUGAUGAUGAUGAUGAUGAUGAUGAUGAUGAUGAUGAUGAUGAUGAUGAUGAUGAUGAUGAUGAUGAUGAGGAUGAUGAUUAUGAUGAUGAUGACGACGACGACGACGAUGAUGAUGAUGAUGAUGAUGAUGAUGAUGAUGAUGAUGAUGAUGAUGAUGAUGAUGAUGAUGAUGAUGAUGAUGAUGAUGAUGAUGAUGGCAGUGGCAACAACGGAUUAACUGACACUCGUGAUGUGCAAAUAAAUGGUCCGAGUGUUAAUAAGUGUUACCUAUGA